GGUAGGCCCGCACGUGAGUGUAUCCCAGUCAUGGCGCUUCUGCUACUGUAUAUGAUCGCUUGAGGCGAGGCCUUUCUUCAUAUCCUCCAUCUUCCGCUAUCUACUACAAUGGCUCGCGGCGGCUACAAGGUCAAGCGGGGAGGUGGGCGCAGCUUCAGCAAGCAUCUUGAGCUCGACGAGAAUGGCACAGCCGUAUCCACUGACAAAAAAUGGGUAAGACGCGACAAGGCUGUUGACGAGGAAAGCGAUGAGGAGUCCGAGGAAGAAGAGGAGGAGGAGUCCGAGGAAGAGCCCGCCGAGGCAACGUCCUCCAAUCAGCCGCAGCAAGAACUCACUCGCGCGGAGCGCCGCGAGCUCAAGAAGAAGAAAGGGCAGCAGAAGCAAGAUGGGGAAGAGGAUGAAGACAGCGAUCAGGAUCCCCUUCUGGCCAACCCUAACAUCGCAGCAGGGAAGAAGCUGGCCAUCUCGGACAUUGGCGCACCUAGGGAGCUGACCAGGCGCGAGAGAGACGAGAAGGAGAAGAAGGAAGCCAAGGAGCGAUACUGGAAGCUGCACGAGCAGGGCAAGACUGAAGAAGCCAAGUCUGACCUUGCCCGUCUUGCUAAGAUCCGCGCCGAACGCGAGGCUGCGCAGGCGAAGCGCAAGGCUGAGGCUGAAGCCAAGGCCGCUGAGCUCGAGGCCAAGAAGCGAGAGGCAGCGGCCAAGGGCAAGCGCAUAUAACGACUGUUCUUGUGAACUCGGUUGUAGAAGACACGCUCUAUCGCUGUUGUAUAUCAGGAGAAAGUCCAAGUGUUGUAUUAUCAUCUGCUGACGCCAAUCGAGCGCAAGUCGCUUUUUAUUCCUC